AUGAUGGGAGCUGCUGGUCUGAAAGGACCCGGUGCAGCCGCCAUGUUUGCGCGGCAACGGCUCACUGCGGUUCCUCGGUCCACGCGAUCGAUAUCUACCUUCCGGCCUCAGCGCUUCCAAUCCCCCGGCCAGAAGAGUCAUUUGACUCUCACUUCGUCAGGCAGUGCCCGCUGGCAUUUUGCCUCCGUCGCUGCUGGCCCGGCUGCGAUCCGUUUCAACUCGACUUCAUCCAAUCCGACUCCCAGUCCCGUUUCCGAAACGUCCACGCCAAUUGAUCCGUCGUAUAUUGGUUAUGAUAUCUCGGAAAUCCCUGAAAAGAUUGGAUACCUGAAGGAACUCGGGUUGGAUUAUGGCUGGGGUCCAUCAUCGAUGCUCCAGUAUGUGAUUGAGCACCUUCACAUGUGGACGGGCAUGCCUUGGUGGGCCAGCAUUGUCGGUGCUGCGAUAUUGGUCCGCGUCGGUUUGUUCAAGCCGACUAUGGGUGCUUCCGAUACGGGCGCUCGGACACAUAACGCAAGACCUGUCAUUGACCCGAUACGUCAAGAAAUGAUGAAGGCCCGGCUUAAUGGGCAAACGCAUGAGUUCCAGAUCAAAAAGGCCCAACUCGAUAAGAUUCAGGCGGAGCACGGUAUCAAGUCUAUCAAAGCCUUAAUUCCCAUGUUGCAGAUUCCACUCGGCUACGGCAUCUUCCGUGUCGUCCGGGGCAUGACCUCUUUGCCUGUGCCGGCGCUGCUGAGUGAAUCUGCUCUGUGGUUGAAUGACCUGACCGUGGCGGACCCAUUCUACGCAAUCCCAGUCAUCACGGCCGGCUGCUUGUAUAUGACACUUAAGAAAGGAGGCGAGACUGGCACCAUGGACAUUCUCAACACCUCUGCGGGUAAAGCGAUGCUGAUCGGUCUCCCGGCGAUUUCUUUCACCUUCAUGGCUUUCCAGCCAGGAGCUCUGCAGCUCUAUUUCCUGUCUACCGGUCUCCUGGGUCUUGCCCAAGCGCACAUUAUUAACAACCCUAAGUUCCGCAAUAUGAUGGGCAUGGCGAUCCCUAAGAGGCAUGAGCAGUCGCAAGCGGACAUGACCAACCUGGAACAGCUCCAAGCUCGAUUGGCAGAGCUUCAAGCCAACCCAGAAAAGGUUAAGCAACCCGAGCCAACCGACAACAACAUCAGCGGAAUCGACCGGGUCCAAAAGAAUAUCAGCAGCUGGGGCGAAAAGGCCAAGCAAGAGGUUUCGGACAAGUGGAGCGAGGUGAGGGGCAACACAACCAAAAAUGCUGAUGGCUCGCGCGCAGCUAAGCCACGUCUCAGUGAGGAGGACCGACGAGCCGCAGAGAGAUAUGAGCAGGAAGCAAAGUCACGAGAGGCCUACGAACGCGAGGAGCGCAACCACGCGCGUCGGAGCGCUCAUAUGAGGGCCCUUGCGGCCGAGAGACAGAAAGCCCAAGAUUCUCUCAAAAGAUAUCAGCAGGCUGCGCGCAGCAGCCAGUCAGGGAGAAAGUGA